AUGGCGCCUCUGACCCCGUACACCUACAUCCGGUGCCCCUGUUCCGAGACCCGCGAAAACGAAGAGGGCUCGUCGACGCCGGGCAGCCCAGAAGACGAUGAGCGAACCUUUGACCCACGCGCCCCGCGGGCCAACUUCAGCCUGUUUCCCCUGGAACAUCUGAUGUACUGCGAAGACUGCCACCAGAUCCGAUGUCCACGAUGUGUCAACGAAGAGAUUGUCACCUAUUACUGUCCCAACUGCCUGUUUGAGGUACCAAGUAGUAACCUAAAAAGUGAAGGAAACAGGUGCACUCGGAGUUGCUUCCAAUGCCCUGUUUGCGUCGGCCCCCUCGCCGUCACAAGCCUCGAUGCGCCCCCAGAAAGUAGUAGCCUACUCACCGCCGAUGGUUCGGCUCCUCAAGGUGGCCCAUAUGUGUUGACUUGCUCCCACUGUACCUGGAGCUCGACCGAGAUUGGCAUCAAGUUCGACCGGCCCAAUGGCAUCCACGGGCAGCUGGCCAAGCUGCAGAAUGGAGGCCAGCCCAAGCUGACUCCAAAGGAGCACAAGGAGAGGAAGAAGGAGAGCGGCGGAGACUACCAGCUGGACCCCGAGAAGAUGGACGCCGAUCUGCAAUUCGCGCAGCUCAAGUCUUUCUAUCAGAACCAGAUGGCCAACGCCAACCCGUCUGCCGGCGGUCUGUCAUCGCUCGGCGACCUCGGCCUCAACUCGCCCGGCUCCUUGUCACGCAUUAUGAGUCUCUACACAGGAAACAAUUUCGGCAACAAACAGGCGCGGGGUAAGGUGCAAGUCAUGAGAGAGGCCGUUAGCCCGAAUGAAGGCCUAAAGACAACCGACUUGGACGAGACAGAUGCCAUUGCGAAGCUCAGACACACCCAUAUCGACGACACAACUACCCUGGCUCAGAACCUGCAACAACAGGACCCCGUAAGAUUUAGAGAUGAGUUACGGCCCAUCCCUUAUCUCCUCAGAUCGAAGAGGUCAAAGAGAUGUCCCCUAUGUCGGCACAUCAUCAGCAAGCCGGAGGCCAAGAUUUCAAACACCCGGUUCCGCAUCCGUCUCGUGGCGGGAAGCUACAUCCCCACCAUCACCAUCCGGCCGUUGAACUCGGAGGUGCAGAACAUUCCGUCAACCGCCCGGCCGCCGAUACCCCAGGAACUGUGGCUUACGCCGCUGAAACCCGUGCAGUAUCUCUUGACCUUCAAGAACCCCAUUUUCGAAACGGUCAAGGUGUCCCUGGCUACGCCGUCGAGCACCCCCGGCCGUUUCGCCAGUACCGUGACGGUCCUGUGCCCCCAGUUCGAGAUCGAUGCCAACACGGACAUGUGGGACGACGCGCUCAAGGACGACAGCGAAAAGGAGCGGAGGCGGGGCGAGGAGGGCGGGAUGCAGCAGGCCGAGGUGGGCAAGAUCUACGAGCGCGGCCGCAACUGGGUGAGCAUCGUGCUCGAAGUUGUACCAGCCUCCCUGAAGCUCGAGCAAGGCAAGGGCGAUGGAGACAAUGGCGCGCUGCGGGAGGACGAGGACGUGGUGGAGAUACCCAUGUUUGUGCGGAUCGAGUGGGAGACCGAGGCUCAGGGCGAUGUGGGCACAACGGCGAGCAAGGACAAGGAGGCCCGAGAGAAGAGGGAGCUGGCGUACUGGUGCGUCCUGGGCGUGGGCCGCAUCAACCAGGACUAG